CUAACAUAUUUCAUCAUGCGAUCAAUUCAGUAUUGAAAUACCCGUUAUUGUAAGCGGUUCGUUAAUUUAGGUGAUUUUAUUUGUAAAACAUAAAUUUUGAAGAAAAAUGGGUGUACCAGCCGGAGAUCCAGAAAAAGGAAAAAAAGUAUUCGUACAAAGAUGUGCUCAAUGUCACACAGUUGAAGCUGGCGGUAAACACAAAGUAGGUCCAAAUUUACAUGGACUUAUUGGUCGUAAAACAGGUCAAGCUGCAGGCUUCAAUUAUACUGACGCCAACAAAGCUAAAGGUAUUACAUGGAACAAAGACACGUUAUUCGAAUAUUUAGAAAACCCCAAAAAAUAUAUUCCUGGAACAAAAAUGGUGUUCGCUGGUAUUAAAAAGGCACAAGAACGUGGAGAUCUUAUUUCAUACUUAGAGCAAGCAACGAAGUAAUAACAUUGAAUUUAGAUUUCAAUUUGCAUAUUUAACAUUAAACAUUUUGAAUAUUUAACUGUUUAUGAUUGACAGAUUAAAUUAUGUGAUAAUAUAUAUUUUUUUAAUUAUUUUCAAAUUUUUGCAUAUAUAUUUUAUUGAAAAUAAAACAAUUCAGUGAAUUUUUAAAAAAUAUUAUAUUAAAUAACAAAUUUACUACUACGCAACUCUUGGGAACCGAACCACGGACCUCACGAUUUCGAGGCCAUCGUUUUAACCAGUACACCGGUUUACAAAAAAAUAUUUUUUAUUUUCAAUAAAUUUUAAUAAGUAUUUUAACAUUAUAAACAGUUAAAUAUUCUUGUGUUAGAUGUCAGGAUGUCAUGUUGGAGAGAUAUUUAAAACAUUGAAAAUAUUAACACUCGUCCUGAACUUAGACAAUGAUUGUAGUAUUGUUAUUAAUUGUUCAUGUUAUCUUGAAUGAAUCAAUAUAAUGUCUACAGUUUUUA